AGCGCGAGCCGCAGUGAGUGUCCUCGCGCCGCCCGCCCGGCAGCCCGGCCGGCGCGCGCACGCCGGGAGCCGCUGGCGCUCGGGCUCCGCUCGAAUCCCAUGCAACAGCCAGGAUGUGAAGCGGGGCAGAGCCGGGGGAGCCCAGCCCAGCCAGCCUCCAGACGCUGUCCCGUCUGACGCUGAGGCCUCUUCGUGAGGGACCGGGGGGGCCGUCGCCCUCCAGGGCGGAGGUCGGAGGUCGCAGGUAGCUGCCCAGCAUGGUGCCUGCCUGGGGCCCCGGAGUGGCCUCUGUGGUCGGUCCCGUGGGCCUCCUCGUGGUCCUGCUGGUCGGAGGCUGCACGGCAGAAGAGCCCCCCAGGUUCAUCAAAGAACCCAAGGACCAGAUCGGCGUCGGGGGCGUGGCCUCCUUCGUGUGUCAGGCCACGGGCGACCCCAAGCCACGGGUGACCUGGAACAAGAAAGGCAAGAAGGUCAAUUCACAACGCUUUGAGACGAUCGAGUUUGACCAGAGCGCGGGGGCCGUGCUGAGGAUCCAGCCGCUGCGGACACCCCGGGACGAGAACGUGUACGAGUGCGUGGCACAGAACUCGGUCGGGGAGGUCACGGUCCACGCGAAACUCACUGUCCUCCGAGAGGACCAGCUGCCCCCCGGUUUCCCCAACAUCGACAUGGGCCCCCAGCUGAAGGUGGUGGAACGGACGCGGACGGCUACGAUGCUCUGUGCUGCUAGCGGCAACCCCGACCCCGAGAUCACCUGGUUCAAGGAUUUCUUGCCCGUGGACCCCAGCGCCAGCAACGGGCGCAUAAAGCAGCUGCGGUCAGAAAGCACUCCGAUCCGAGGGGCCCUGCAGAUCGAGAGCAGUGAGGAGACGGACCAAGGCAAAUACGAGUGCGUGGCCACCAACAGCGCUGGCGUGCGCUACUCCUCACCCGCCAACCUCUACGUGCGAGUCCGCCGCGUGGCCCCGCGAUUCUCCAUUUUGCCCAUGAGCCACGAGAUCAUGCCAGGCGGCAACGUGAACAUCACCUGCGUGGCCGUGGGCUCGCCCAUGCCGUACGUCAAGUGGAUGCAGGGGGCCGAGGACCUGACGCCCGAAGACGACAUGCCCGUAGGGCGGAAUGUGCUGGAACUCACAGACGUCAAGGACUCGGCCAACUACACGUGCGUGGCCAUGUCCAGCCUGGGCGUCAUCGAGGCUGUGGCCCAGAUCACAGUGAAAUCUCUCCCCAAAGCCCCGGGGACGCCUGUGGUGACUGAGAACACAGCCACCAGCAUCACCAUCACGUGGGACUCCGGCAAUCCAGACCCCGUGUCCUACUAUGUCAUCGAAUAUAAAUCCAAGAGCCAAGACGGGCCAUACCAGAUCAAGGAGGACAUCACCACGACGCGCUACAGCAUCGGGGGCCUGAGCCCCAACUCGGAGUACGAGAUCUGGGUGUCGGCCGUCAACUCCAUCGGCCAGGGCCCCCCCAGUGAGUCGGUGGUCACCCGCACGGGCGAACAGGCCCCGGCCAGCGCCCCGCGGAACGUGCAGGCCCGCAUGCUGAGCGCCACCACCAUGAUCAUCCAGUGGGAAGAGCCCGUGGAGCCCAACGGCCUGAUCCGGGGCUACCGGAUCUAUUACACCAUGGAGCCCGAGCACCCCGUGGGCAACUGGCAGAAACACAACGUGGAUGACAGUCUGCUGACCACCGUGGGCAGCCUCCUGGAGGACGAGACCUACACUGUGCGUGUGCUGGCCUUCACCUCCGUGGGCGACGGGCCCCUCUCGGACCCCAUCCAGGUCAAGACGCAGCAGGGAGUGCCCGGCCAGCCCAUGAACUUCAGGGCGGAGGCCAAGUCGGAGACGAGCAUCGGGCUGUCAUGGAGCCCCCCACGGCAGGAGAGCAUCAUCAAAUACGAGCUCCUGUUCCGGGAAGGCGACCACGGCAGAGAGGUGGGGAGGACCUUCGACCCGGCCACAGCGUUCGUGGUGGAUGACCUCAAGCCCAACACGGAGUACGCCUUCCGCCUGGCAGCGCGGUCUCCGCAGGGUCUGGGCGCCUUCACCUCCGUGGUGCGACAGCGCACACUCCAGUCCAAACCGUCAGCCCCCCCUCAAGACGUUAAAUGCGUCAGCACGCGCUCCACGGCCAUUUUGAUCCUGCUGGAGGCGCUGGACAAGUGGACGGAGUAUCGCAUCACGACGGUCGCUCACACAGAGGUGGGACCAGGGCCCGAGAGCUCGCCCGUGGUCAUCCGCACCGACGAGGACGUGCCCAGCGCGCCGCCGCGGAAGGUGGAGGCGGAGGCGCUCAACGCCACGGCCAUCCGCGUGCUGUGGCGCUCGCCCGCGCCCGGCCGGCAGCACGGCCAGAUCCGCGGCUACCAGGUCCACUACGUACGCAUGGAGGGCGCCGAGGCCCGCGGGCCGCCGCGCAUCAAGGACGUCAUGCUGGCCGAUGCUCAGGAGAUGGUCAUCACAAACCUGCAGCCCGAGACCGCCUACUCCAUCACGGUAGCCGCCUACACCAUGAAAGGCGACGGUGCUCGCAGCAAACCCAAGGUGGUGGUGACCAAGGGAGCAGUGCUGGGCCGCCCCACCCUGUCGGUGCAGCAGACCCCCGAGGGCAGCCUGCUGGCACACUGGGAGCCCCCGGCCGGCACCGCUGAGGACCAGGUGCUGGGCUACCGCCUGCAAUUCGGCCGAGAGGACGCCCCCCUGGCCACGCUGGAGUUCCCGCCCACCGAGGACCACUACACGGCGCCGGGUGUGCAUAAGGGGGCCACGUACGUGUUCCGGCUGGCGGCCCGCAGCCGAGGAGGCCUGGGCGAGGAGGCGGCCGAGGCCCUGAGCAUCCCCGAGGACGCGCCCCGCGGCCACCCGCAGAUCCUCGAGGCGGCCGGCAACGCCUCGGCCGGCACCGUCCUGCUCCGGUGGCUGCCGCCCGUGCCCGCCGAGCGCAACGGGGCCAUCGUCAAGUACACGGUGGCCGUGCGGGAGGCCGGGGCCUUGGGCCCCGCCCGAGAGACCGAGCUGCCGGCAGUGGCCGAGCCGGGCGCCGAGAACGUGCUCACGCUGCAGGGCCUCAAGCCCGACACGGCUUAUGACCUCCAAGUUCGGGCCCACACGCGCCAGGGCCCCGGCCCCUACAGCCCCCCCGUCCGCUACCGGACGUUCCUGCGGGACCAAGUCUCGCCCAAGAACUUCAAGGUGAAGAUGAUCAUGAAGACGUCGGUCCUGCUCAGCUGGGAGUUUCCUGACAACUAUAACUCACCCACACCUUACAAGAUCCAAUACAAUGGGCUCACACUGGACGUGGAUGGCCGUACCACCAAAAAGCUCAUCACGCACCUCAAGCCCAACACCUUCUACAACUUUGUGCUGACCAACCGAGGCAGCAGCCUGGGUGGCCUUCAGCAGACAGUCACUGCCUGGACCGCCUUCAACCUGCUCAGUGCCAAGCCCAGCGUGGCCCCCAAGCCCGACUCUGACGGCUUCGUCAUGGUGUAUCUGCCCGACGGCCAGAGCCCCGUGCCUGUCCAGAAUUACUUCAUUGUGAUGGUGCCGUUGCGGAAGUCUCGCGGUGGCCAGUUCCUGGCCCCUCUGGGGAGCCCGGAAGACAUGGAUCUGGAGGAGCUCAUCCAGGACAUCUCACGGCUGCAGAGGCGCAGCCUGCGGCACUCACGCCAGCUGGAGGCGCCCCGCCCCUACAUCGCCGCCCGCUUCUCGGUGCUGCCACCCACCUUCCACCCGGGCGACCAGAAGCAGUACGGCGGCUUUGACAACAGGGGCCUGGAGCCCGGUCACCGAUACGUCCUCUUCGUGCUCGCGGUGCUACAGAAGAGCGAGCCGACAUUUGCGGCCAGCCCCUUCUCAGAUCCCUUCCAGCUGGACAACCCGGACCCCCAGCCCAUCGUGGACGGCGAGGAGGGCCUCAUCUGGGUGAUUGGGCCCGUGUUGGCUGUGGUCUUCAUCAUCUGCAUUGUUAUCGCCAUCUUGCUCUACAAGAACAAACCUGACAGUAAACGCAAGGACUCAGAGCCCCGCACCAAAUGCCUACUGAACAACGCGGACCUCGCCCCCCACCACCCCAAGGACCCCGUGGAAAUGAGACGCAUUAACUUCCAGACCCCAGAUUCAGGCCUCAGCAGCCCCCUCAGGGAGCCGGGGUUUCACUUUGAAAGCAUGCUUAGCCACCCCCCGAUCCCCAUCGCAGACAUGGCGGAGCACACGGACCGCCUCAAGGCCAACGACAGCCUCAAGCUCUCCCAGGAGUAUGAGUCCAUUGAUCCAGGCCAGCAGUUCACAUGGGAACAUUCCAACCUGGAGGUGAACAAGCCCAAGAACCGCUACGCCAACGUCAUCGCAUACGACCACUCGCGCGUCAUCCUCCAGCCCAUCGAAGGCAUUGUGGGUAGCGAUUACAUCAAUGCCAACUAUGUGGACGGCUACCGGAGGCAGAACGCGUACAUUGCCACACAGGGGCCGCUGCCCGAGACCUUCGGCGACUUCUGGCGCAUGGUGUGGGAACAGCGCUCAGCCACCAUCGUCAUGAUGACGCGGCUAGAGGAGAAAUCACGGAUCAAGUGUGAUCAGUACUGGCCCAACCGGGGCACGGAGACGUAUGGCUUCAUCCAGGUCACGCUGCUCGACACCAUCGAGCUGGCCACGUUCUGUGUUCGGACCUUCUCUUUGCACAAGAAUGGCUCCAGCGAGAAGCGCGAGGUGCGGCAGUUCCAGUUCACGGCGUGGCCGGACCACGGGGUGCCCGAGUACCCGACGCCAUUCCUGGCUUUCCUGCGGAGGGUGAAGGCCUGCAACCCGCCAGACGCGGGCCCCGUGGUCGUGCACUGCAGCGCCGGCGUGGGUCGCACGGGCUGUUUCAUCGUCAUCGACGCCAUGCUGGAGCGGAUCAAGCCGGAGAAGACGGUGGACGUGUACGGCCACGUGACCCUCAUGCGGUCCCAGCGCAACUAUAUGGUGCAGACCGAGGACCAGUACAGCUUCAUCCACGAGGCCCUGCUGGAGGCCGUGGGCUGCGGCAACACGGAGGUGCCCGCCCGCAGCCUCUACGCCUACAUCCAGAAGCUGGCGCAGGUGGAGCCCGGCGAGCACGUCACCGGCAUGGAGCUCGAGUUCAAGCGGCUGGCCAACUCCAAAGCCCACACAUCCCGCUUCAUCAGUGCCAAUCUGCCUUGUAACAAGUUCAAGAACCGCCUGGUGAACAUCAUGCCCUAUGAGAGCACACGGGUCUGUCUGCAGCCUAUCCGUGGUGUGGAGGGCUCCGACUACAUCAACGCCAGCUUCAUCGACGGCUACAGGCAGCAGAAGGCCUACAUCGCGACGCAGGGGCCGCUGGCGGAGACCACGGAGGAUUUCUGGCGUGCGCUGUGGGAGAACAACUCCACCAUCGUGGUGAUGCUGACCAAGCUGCGGGAGAUGGGCAGGGAAAAAUGUCACCAGUACUGGCCUGCCGAGCGCUCCGCCCGCUACCAGUACUUUGUAGUGGAUCCGAUGGCGGAAUACAACAUGCCUCAGUACAUCCUGCGGGAGUUCAAGGUCACAGACGCCCGGGACGGCCAGUCCCGGACCGUGCGGCAGUUCCAGUUCACGGACUGGCCGGAACAGGGCGUCCCGAAGUCAGGGGAGGGCUUCAUCGACUUCAUCGGCCAAGUGCACAAGACCAAGGAACAGUUCGGCCAGGACGGCCCCAUCUCUGUCCACUGCAGCGCCGGCGUGGGCAGGACGGGUGUGUUCAUCACGCUCAGCAUCGUGCUAGAGCGCAUGCGGUACGAGGGCGUGGUGGACAUUUUCCAGACGGUGAAGAUGCUGCGAACCCAGAGGCCAGCCAUGGUGCAGACGGAGGACGAGUAUCAGUUCUGUUACCAGGCCGCGCUGGAGUACCUCGGAAGCUUUGACCACUAUGCAACCUAACGCCAUGGUCGCCGCUGGCCCCGUGCCACCGGCCUGGAUGCCUCUGCCCCUGCCGGGUGGGCCCCCGGAGACCUGGACCCCCGGCCACCAGGGCAGGAGCGGGCAGCGGCCACGUUUCCGCUCGGCCUCCAGGAACGAUGCGGCCCCCCGCAGCCUCGCCGGCCCGGCCACCGCCUCCGGCUACUGUCACAUUCCUCAUUUCCUUCCGAUUCUGAACCGAGAGAUUCCGGGGUGGGGGGGUGGGGGGGGGCGGUGAGCAAACAAGGGGUUCUCCCCGGAACCGGAGGCGGGCAGGGCGGCCAGCUCGAGCCCUGGUCCUACCCCGCACCCCCCCCCCCCCCCGCCCCCGGAGAGCCCUCCUGCCCUGCAGCCUGGUGUGGGGGGGUGGGCGGUCCCACUGGGCAAGGGGUGAAGGAUUCAGCUUUCCUUUCCAACUCAGUGUAACUGUAUCCAGUGACAUUUCUUUUUUUAAAUAGUGUAUUUUUUUUUCAUUUUUUUUUAAAGAAGAAACAAACAGAAAAAAAAAAAGACUUACCAGUCAACAAAUUUAAAAAGAAGGACUUUGCGUAUUCCUGUUCCGUUCACAGACAGUCUAUUUUUUCACCGUAGAGAACGUUCUCGAGCGACGGCUGUGUUCCCAGGCCUGCGCGUGCGGGGUCGGUCAGCCAGCCCCAGGGCCGCCUGGCUUCCUUCUCCUGCCGUCGGAAGGUGGGCCCCACUUAAGAACAGAAGGCCCUUUUGCUCCUGGUUUCUUCCCUUUUUUUGCAUUUUUCUUUUUUUUUCUUUUCCGUCUUUUUUUAAUUCUGAAACAUAUCAAGGACCGUUCUGAGGGUGGGGCAGCGGGGGGGACUCCGGCCCACCAGCGUCAGGUUCAAACCCACCGGGGUGGGUGCUGCCUCCGAGGAGAGGGCAGCGGCCCCCCCUACCCCGCCGCCUGAGCCCCAGCCGUCUCCUGCCCUUGUGGAGGGGGGACUGGACAAAACGGGGGGGGUCCUACUUCUUCCGGGAGAGAGAGAGACCAUGUUCUGCGCGGAUCAGGGACCCUUUCCCUCUGGGACUACGGGGCAGAAGACUGGGAUCCCCCCCACCCCCGAGAAAGUGAGUUUUUCUCUUUGUAUAAGAGUGGGUCUGCCGUCGCUUUCAACACUGUUUAUUCAAACGGAAGCAGCUGGGUGGUUUUCCCACCUCUGCGUAUGUAGAUAUAUCGACUUUGUAUUAAAGGAAGAUCGUCUGACCCCG